AUGGAUACCUCAAAUGAAUGUACAAGUUUCUUUGGUUCAGCUCAAAGCAGUGCUUCAUCUGCACUGCAGGGCCUUUGCUUCUGUGAGCGACCCACAGUUGUCAAAACCGCCAAUACUGAGAAAAACUUUGGAAGGAGGUUUGUGAGUUGCGAAAAUUGGAAGAUUAACCAAGACUGUGGUUUUUUUGAGUGGCUUGAUCCAAAGAUGUGCUCCUUUGGUAGGAAGGUGGUUCAUCGUUUGCAUCAAAGGCAUGAAUAUUUGGAGGCACAAGCCAAACGAUGUGAAACAUUGGUUGAAGUUGAAGUUGGGAAGGUGAGAGCAGAAAAUGAGAAAAAAAUUGCACAGCUCAAGGCAGAAAUGGAGAGUGAGAUAUCUCAGUAUCGUAAAUAA